CCUGCACAUGCACAUCUCCGUCGUCGUGUAAGGACAGGUCGAUAAAGACAAGAGGAGGACGAUUUACGGUGUCCUGGCGGCUCGAGUGUCGUGCAACGUUCCUUACCUCUCUUCCCGUCGAUUUCUGCCAUCUCCUGUCUCAUGCACAGAGUACUGCGGCGGCAGCCAUGGACUUGUGCCAGAUGCCUACAAAAGCAGAAAAGAUUCAACUCAACAGGCACAGGCACGGCUACAGUGCAAGACAAUGACUUCGACGCCGCCUACGUACGCGGGUCACCUGCACGGCAGAGCGAUAAUGCUCAGUUACGAGAAGUUUUCAAUAACAGGUCGAGCUGGCAGACAUCGGCGAAGAAGAGCUCAGGCCUGAUAGGGAAUAACUACCUGACCACGCCUCGAGGCUUUCAGAGGUUUGCCGAGACGUCGGUAGCGCAGUGCAAGAAACUGGUGGAGAGAACACUGGCUGCAUCCACACUCGAGCAGUACAGAGCUAUCCCGAAAGAUCUUGAUAGACUUAGUGAUUUGCUAUGUCGAGUCAUAGAUCUGUCCGACUUUAUACGGAGUAUUCAUCCAGAUGCUUCCGUUGCUGCAGCCGCUACGGCGUCGUAUUCACUAAUGUUUCAGUAUAUGAAUGAACUCAACACAACUACUGGGCUGAACAAGCAGUUGAAGAAGGCGUGGGAUAUGCCCGACGUUCGAUCUCAUUGGAGCGAGGAAGAAAAGAUGGUGGCCAAGUUGUUAAUGAAGGACUUUGCGAAGUCCGGGAUCGACCUUCCUGACAAACAGAGGAAGCAAUUUGUGUCAUUAUCGAAUGAGAUCGCUCAGAUUGGAACGGACUUCGUGAACCAGAUGGAACAUGCCAGAGAACACAUCUCCUUUUCUGCUCAGCAAUUACAGGGCGUGGAUCCCACCCUCGUCAGAGGUCUCCGAGCCUCGCAUAGAGCUCAAGUUCCGGUGUACAGCCCGGCAUCCAAGAUGAUACUGAACUCGGCAAACGAUCCAGCAACGAGGAAAGAGUUGUAUAUUGCUGAGCGGACGGCAUCGAAGCAAACUGUCCGGAAACUGGAACAGCUCCUUCUUCGCCGCGCCGAGCUAGCUAAGCUCACAGGCUACGAUAACUACGCACAGAUGACGCUCGCGGAUAAGAUGUCCAAGACACCAGAGGCUGUGAGUAAUUUUCUGGAGUCCUUGCAUGCGAACAAUAGGCCGCAGGUACAGAAGGAGCUUGCUCCACUUCUGGAAAUUAAACGCAAGAUGGACCAGAGCGCGAAAACGGUUGAGCCGUGGGAUCAUACCUAUCUCCUGAAUAAGCUGGCACAGGCAGAGGCAAGUUCUGGCCCUCGAACAUCAAAGUCCCGCCUUCAGGAAAGCGCCAGCUCAUAUUUCUCCUUGGGACAUGUUUUGCAAGGACUUUCGAAUCUUUUCGAGAGUCUGUAUGGUGUUCGACUUGUACCGAAAGAAACACAGCAAGGCGAGGUCUGGCAUCCGGAAGUCAGGAGAUUAGAUGUGUAUACCGAUAAAGAAGAGCAUAUCGCUACUAUGUACUGCGAUUUGUUUUCUCGGCCUGGAAAACUACCAAAUCCCGCCCACUUUACGCUUCUUUGCUCGAGAGAGAUCUCAGAGGAAGAGGUUCGGGAAUGUCAGGAAAAGGACGAGCCUCUGAACAACGGGAUGCCCACCUACCUUGGGCCAAAUUCUAUAUCUGGCGUCACUGCUUAUCACCAAAUUCCAACCAUUGCUCUGGUUUGCGGCUUUCCAGACUCGAGCUCGUCUGCAGGUCCUUCACUUUUGUCGCUUCACAGCCUGACCACGUUAUUCCAUGAGAUGGGCCACGCUAUCCACAGUAUCCUGGGACGCACGCCAAUGCAAUGCAUUUCUGGCACACGAUGUGCGACUGACUUUGCCGAACUUCCUUCUGUUCUAAUGGAAUACUUUGCAACGGAUCCCGCGGUCCUCAAAAUGUUCGCUCGACACUGGGAGACGGGUGCCGUUAUUCCGGAUGAAAUGAUUACCGCCCUUGCAGAUGAGAGACUGAAACAAGCCACCAAGACUGGGGCGUGGAAUAAUGAAAGUCAGAUUUUGAUGGCUAUUCUUGACCAGGCCUACCACUCGGAUGGACCCGUCGAUGCACUCCAGAUUGGGUAUUACAACUCUACUGCCGUCUACCACAAGAUCUGGAACAAGUAUGGAAGUGUACCGGAGCCGCAGGAGACUGCGUGGCAAGGCUUUUUCGGCCAUUUGUACGGCUACGGGGCCAGUUAUUAUUCGUAUCUGUUUGACCGAGCAAUCGCACGACAAGUGUGGCGCGCCGUUUUCAAGGACGGUGAGAGUGCAGGCGCUCUGGACAGAUCAUCUGGAGAGAGGUUCAAGCAGGAAGUGCUGCGUUGGGGAGGUGGUAGAGACCCUUGGUUGUGUCUGGAAGGACUUAUGGGGGAUGGAAGGGGGGUGUUGGCCGAGGGUAAAGAGAAGGCCAUGCUUGAGGUGGGUAAAUGGGGUGUAGGAGCCUCCAGUGAGGGUUCCAUGUAAGAUAGAUGAUACGAACUAAGUGAAGAUAUUAGACAAUGUACAGACGAUUCUGUUGUGGUUG